UAUAAAAAAAAGAAAUUUGAGUUACCUACACGGAAUUAUAUGAAGGUCGGACAUGUUUUAGUGUGACAGGCUUUUCGUUCCGGUCUGUGAAAACGUUAGCGAAACAUAAGCGCAAGAGCUUCAUACAUGAGCCUUGAGUUAGUUUAGUGCUCAGUUUAUUCCAGUCAAAUGAUUGGCUAGCUAGCUAUGUUUAUACUUUCUUAGACAACUCAAUCUAGUUAUCCGUAAUUCCUUGUUUUCCGAUGGAAGGUGUUCAGCAUAGAGAGACCCCGUCUGUAAUCGACCGAUAUUUCACACGUUGGUAUAAAACAGAUCUCAAGGGAAAACCAUGCGAGGACCACUGUAUCCUGCAACAUUCAAACAGAAUCUGUGUGAUCACACUGGCAGAAUCACACCCCAUCCUACAGAAAAAUAAAAGGAUUCAAAGUAUCACUUACCAGAUCAGUGCAGGUUGUAGUCGUCUUCAGAACAAGGUGUCUGGGAAGUCCAAACGAGGUGGCCAAUUCCUGACAGAACUCGCUCCGCUGUGUAGAAUCACAAGCACAGAUGGGGAGGAAUAUACCAUUUUCAGCUGCAUAAGAGGCCGUCUGUUGGAAGUCAAUGAGGAUAUACUCAAGAGGCCAAACCUCUUACUUGAAAAGCCUUCCACAGAGGGCUACAUUGCAGUCAUCCUGCCAAAAUUUGAGGAGAGCAAGAGCAUCACUGAAGGCCUUCUGACCAGAGCAGAAUACGAGGACGUUGUGUUAAAAAGAACCGGGGAGAAUAAGGAGCCCUGCUGAGGAGAGUUGGAGAUGAAAGGGAACGUUAUCGUGCCGGCCAACAUGUGCAUACGGGAGGGAGGAGGGCCGUGUUUCUCCUUCCUGCCAUCUCCAGGGAUGGCCGAGAACUUCACCGCACCGGACGUCUCAUGGCACAACAGCCAUAAGCCAUGAGUGUGUCCAACCGCAUGGAUUACAUUUUCUUUGAAACAUCGAGAACCGGUACCGUAUAUCAUUUUUAAAGGAAUGUGGAGCCCUUUACAGAGCCCUUUACUUUUGAGUUGAGAAUGAAGAUUUUUAUGUUAUAAAAUGAAUGUAUAAAGUUUGGAUAAGUGUGUUCCUUUUUUUUGUCAUCAAAAUAAAACUUACUGGCAAGGAGGGUGGCAAAAUAAACAAGGCCCCUGCAUUUUCAUGCC